UUUAUAGGAUGCGCCAAAUAACACUAUUGUUACUGGUAUUUUGUAAUGUUUACUGCCAAGAAAGCGCCCAAUAUCUUCAAAAUGCUGUGAGAGACUUGAGGAAACUGAAUUAUAUACAAACAUUACGACGAGUUGAUACGAAAAUGUCUCAAAGUCCAAUCAAAGGAGAGAAGAUACCAAUAAGUGCUGACAGAAGAAUACAACAAAGCUCUGGUGGUAUACCACCGUUGAGUCUAACGAAAGGAGAGCUACUUUCACUUUAUGAAAAUGCUAUAGCUAAAGGAGAUACCCUAAAACUGGAUGCAGGGGAUAAUACAUUUGUUAAUGCAGCUGUGCAUGAAUUAGAUGAACAUGAAGAUCAUUUACCACUUAAAGAGCCGAAGAAAGAUGGAUACUAUUACUAUUAUUAUCCUAUUAAGAGCUUCAUUGAUGAAAUGACGUCCCAGACUAGUGGUAGUUCCCACGACUAUCAUUCUUACAAAUAUACUAAACCAGUGCACGUCUACACCACCACUCAAAAGCCGCCAUAUACGCUUCAUUCUCAUCACCACGAGCAUAACGUCAAUAUUAAAAAAGAAAUUGUGAAAAAACCGGAAAAUAAAUUGGAACCACUAUUCAUGGCCAUAUCUGGUUUUGUAGGAAUGGCAGUUAUGUUUGUUCUUUCUUUGGUAGUUUUACCCAAAUUUGGUAAGCCCAAUAAUAAGAAGAUCGUUUGGCCGAAAACUGUUGAUAUGGAUGAAUUGGCAAGGCUCGCUUUGAAUGCUAUCGAGGGAAGUGAUUGCAGAGAAAGAUUUGCCUGUGAAUUAAGUAAAACUGCAAGAAAUUUCAACAUGACAGAAAACAGAUUUAUUAAAUUGCUUAAACGAUUAGCCCCUGGCACUUUUGGAAAACAUAUCGACAGAUUUACCAAUUAUGGUAACAGACAACUUCAGUGUACGUUAAUACCAUGCAUAAAAAGGCUUCCGCAAAAAACUCAGAGACCUGUUAAAAAAACGCCAGUAAGGAAAAAACAUGUUGCUCGAAACAAGAAGUAAUUGCCAGUUCUAAUUCCUAGUUAUUUAUUUAUUUAUGAUGAUGCUAUUUUUAAUAUUUAUAUGUUGCCA